AGGAGGCGGGGGAGGGAGAGGGGGUGGCGUCCCAGGCCGGUUUGAGGGGUGCGUUGCCCGGAGACGGAAAGUUUGGGAGCCGCAGCAGGCUCUGCGUGGCCCCGGGUGGGGGUCCGAGGAGCGGCGGCCCUGGGGAUGGGGAAGGAGCAGGAGCUGCUGGAGGCGGCCCGCACCGGGCACCUCCCGGCCGUGGAGAAGCUGCUGUCCGGGAAGCGGCUCUCCUCCGGCUUCGGCGGCGGCGGCAGCGGCGGCUCCGGCGGCGGCGGCGGCUCCGGGGGCGGCGGCCUGGGCUCUUCCAGCCACCCGCUCUCCAGUCUGCUGAGCAUGUGGAGAGGGCCGAAUGUGAACUGCGUAGACAGCACCGGCUACACACCACUCCACCACGCUGCGCUGAAUGGCCACAGGGAUGUGGUUGAGGUUCUGCUGAGGAACGACGCGCUGACCAAUGUCGCUGACUCGAAAGGCUGCUACCCCCUGCACUUGGCAGCAUGGAAAGGAGACGCCCAGAUAGUGCGCUUGCUCAUCCACCAAGGGCCCUCGCACACCAGAGUCAAUGAACAGAAUGCUCUUGAGAUCAAAGAACUCAAAAAGUACGGCCCCUUUGACCCUUAUGUCAAUGCCAAGAACAACGACAAUGAGACUGCCCUGCACUGUGCAGCACAGUACGGCCACACGGAGGUCGUGAAGGCUCUGUUGGAGGAGCUCACAGACCCCACCAUGCGCAACAACAAGUUCGAAACACCUCUGGACUUGGCAGCGCUCUACGGGCGGCUGGAGGUGGUGAAGAUGCUGCUGAGCGCGCACCCCAACCUCCUGAGUUGCAGCACUAGGAAGCACACCCCCUUACAUUUGGCCGCGAGGAAUGGCCACAAGGCCGUGGUGCAGGUCCUGCUGGACGCCGGCAUGGAUAGCAACUACCAGACGGAGAUGGGCAGCGCUUUGCAUGAGGCUGCUUUGUUUGGCAAGACCGAUGUGGUGCAAAUUCUGCUGGCUGCAGGAAUCGACGUUAACAUAAAGGACAGCCGUGGCCUCACUGCCCUCGACACUGUGCGCGACCUGCCUUCGCAGAAGAGCCAGCAGAUAGCAGCCCUGAUAGAAGAUCACAUGACUGGAAAAAGAAGCGUGAAAGAAGCAGAUAAGAGCGCCACAGCUCAGCUACCUCUCCUCUCCAGCACAGAUGCCACAGCACCAAAGUCUCAAGGGAGCGUGGAGAAAGCAGUCACUGAACUGAUCAUUGAUUUUGACACGCGCGCUGAGGAGGAGGGUCCCUACGAGGCCCUGUACAAUGCUGUGUCCUGUCACUCCUUGGACAGCACGGCCAGUGGGCGAUCAUCUGACCGAGAUUCCGUGAACAAGGAGACCGAGGCCACAGGAGCAAGAACUGCUGGAGUCAGGCCUGUACGUGGCCCAGGCCUGAGCCUCCCGGGGGCUGUGGUGGCAGCUAUGGGUGCUGGCAAGAGGAAGUCUGGUGCUGGCUCAUUGCCGCAUAAGCCAGUACUCCACUCAGAGAGGAGUCCUGAGGACCACCCACCCACCGGGCCCAUCCCUGCCGCACUGCACGUCAAGCUUCUGGCCCUGGCUGUGAAACCCAGGACCCAGAGUGGUGUCUCCCGGGAAGAGGACGAGCACCCAUAUGAGCUGUUGCUCACAGCAGAGACCAAGAAGCUGGGGGCCUCAGACGGAAAGACUAAAGACCACAGGCGGAGCAGCGGCAGCCGGAGCCAGGACUCUGUGGAGGGGCAGGACGGGCAGGUCCCGGAGCAGUUCUCAGGUCUCCUCCACGGCUCCUCCCCAGUGUGUGAGGUGGGGCAGGACCCUUUCCAGCUGCUUACUGCCCCCAGCCAGAACCACCCAGAGUCCCCCCAGCAGGACGCCUGCCACGAGGCCAGCAUGCAACUAGAGGAGCCAGGCGUGCAAGGCACUGGAAACCCACAGCCCGGCGUCCUGGACCAAAGCAAGAGAGUGGGCUUCCCAGCAGGCCUGAGUGCUGCAGCCGGCCGAGUACACCUCCAGACUCUGACUCACACAGUCGCUCUGCACCCUGCUGGGGCUGAGGAAGAGGAGGACAGGAGCGGGGCCAGAAGCCGAGCCCCUCCCACUAGCAAGCCCAAGGCUGAGCUUAAGCUCAGCCGCAGUUUGUCAAAGUCUGACUCUGACCUCCUGACCUGCUCUCCCACGGAGGACACCACGAUGGGGAGUCGCAGCGAGUCUUUGUCCAACUGCAGCCUCGGGAAGAAGAGACUGGAGAAGUCACCUUCGUUUGCCUCUGAGUGGGACGAGAUUGAGAAAAUCAUGAGCUCGAUUGGAGAAGGAAUUGACUUUUCUCAGGAACAGCAGAAGAUCUCAGGUUCUCGGACGCUGGAGCAGAGCGUCGGGGAGUGGCUGGAGUCAGUCGGCCUGCAGCAGUAUGAGAGCAAGUUGCUGCUGAAUGGCUUUGAUGACGUCCGCUUCCUGGGCUCCAAUGUGAUGGAAGAGCAAGACCUGAGGGAGAUUGGCAUCAGCGACCCACAGCACCGGCGGAAGCUGCUGCAGGCUGCACGCUCCCUGCCUAAGGUGAAGGCUCUUGGCUAUGAUGGGGUCAACCCCCCCUCAGUGCCCUCCUGGUUGGACUCACUGGGGCUGCAGGACUACAUCCAUUCCUUCCUGUCCAGCGGCUACAGCUCCAUAGACACUGUGAAGAACCUCUGGGAGCUGGAGCUUGUCAAUGUCCUGAAGGUUCACCUGCUGGGCCACCGUAAACGCAUCAUCGCCUCGCUUGCGGAAAGGCCCUAUGAGGAGCCACCCCAGAAGCCCCCGAGAUUUUCCCAGCUAAGAUGCCAGGACCUAAUCUCCCAGACGUCAUCCCCACUGAGCCAGAAUGACUCCUGCACAGGGCGGUCAGCAGAACUGCUGCUGCCCUCGGCAGACACCAGCAGGAGGCGCCACGACAGCCCGUACGACCCUGCGGCAGCCUCUCGAGUAGAGCGCUUCAGAGUCCAGGAGGAGCCCAGUGAGACCAAGCUGACCCUCCGUCCGCCCAGCCUGGCUGCCCCCUAUGCUCCGGUGCAGAGCUGGCAGCACCAGCCAGAAAAACUCAUCUUUGAAUCCUGUGGUUAUGAGGCUAAUUAUCUGGGUUCCAUGCUGAUCAAAGAUCUGCGAGGGACAGAAUCCACACAAGAUGCCUGUGCCAAAAUGCGGAAGUCUACAGAGCACAUGAAGAAAGUCCCGACCAUCAUCCUGUCCAUCACAUACAAAGGGGUCAAGUUCAUCGACGCUUCCAACAAGAAUGUCAUUGCUGAACAUGAGAUCCGGAACAUUUCUUGCGCUGCGCAGGACCCGGAGGACCUGUGUACCUUUGCCUACAUCACCAAGGACCUGCAGACGAGCCACCACUACUGCCACGUCUUCAGCACAGUGGAUGUGAACCUCACCUACGAGAUCAUCCUGACCCUGGGGCAGGCAUUUGAGGUGGCCUAUCAGCUGGCCCUUCAGGCCCAGAAAUCCAGGACGAUGGGGGCCUCUGCAGCUGCAAUGAUUGAAACAAAAUCUUCCAAACCGGUGCCUAAGCCUCGGGUCGGCGUGAGGAAGUCUGCACUGGAACCGCCUGACUCGGACCAGGAGGCCCCAUCCCACGCUAGUGUUUCCUGGAUUGUGGACCCAAAACCAGACUCUAAGCGGAGCCUCAGCACCAAGUAUGAGACCACUAUCUUCUAAACAGCCACCCUGUCUCCACUACCCCACUGUGCCUUUGCCACCCGAUGGCUCUGCUGUCUCAGCUCUCCUUCCAGCUGCAUGGGACCUGCCCUCCUGGCAGCAGCUCUAGACACCUCCUCCCUCACAGCUCCUGCUUUCCACCACCCACACUGUGAACCUCCCAGUGGGCCGAGGACAGCUAGGGCAGCUUCCGUCCGAGGGCCCCAAAGCCUUUGCAAUAGGCCCUGGGAGGUGAGGAGUGGGGGUAGCUUCCAAGGGGACCCCAGUAGCCUCCCCAAGGUUGCUCUCCUCUCCUGUCCAAUCCUGGGUCACAGCUGGAUGCCAAAAGCUACCAGUUUUCACCUUUCCUGACCCACCCACCACUGUGACCACCAGUGCCAGGGCCCUGCACACAGCUGCUUUCUCACCUGGUCAGGCCCCGUGAUGUGGCUUCACCAGGGACAGACUUUCUGUAAGGGCCAAGGUUGGUACUGGCCACACCCUAGAGCACGUCCAAACAGUGGGUUCUUGAGGGACCUGGGUGUGCUUGGCCCCUGUCUGUGCUAUGGGCCUGGCUCUGGAGUCCAGCUCACCGAGGCGUGCCCUGCACACAAGUGCACCUUCUUCCUUCUCAGAGUGGAGCUGCCUGCGCAGAGGGCGGACACUGAGCAGCUUCUCUGGUGUCUGACAGCAUUCUCACACUCCCUGUGGUGGUAGGGACCUGAGACAGCCGUCAUCCAGCCAUCCCCACAGCUAGCAUCAUGGAGCUGUGGGAAGAUCAGUCUAGAUGGCAGGAGGCAGAAGAACUGGUUCCUGUGGCCUUGGUGCCAACAGUGUAGGACAGUGGAAGAGUCAGUCAGCGCUGAGCUGGGACCAGGGCUGUCCACCUCCUGUCUUUGUGCCUUCCUGGACAGAUGGGCCAGGAGCAGCAGAGGGCUGUAGGCUGUGGAGGGCGCUCUGCUCCGCUCGGGGGAGGCAGGGACCUUCUCUUCUGCUCUGUGUCCUUUCCAUUUCCUCCAACUUGCACAGACUUUGGUUAACUCUUUCCUCCCCCGUUGUUUGCUUCU